AUGGCCAACCACGGUGACUCUUAUUCAACAAUAUCUCCCAUUAAGCGCACUCAGCCGACGAGUGAUGAGACACCGCCCUGGACUGGCAUGUCUUUCAUUCAACCCGUUGAUUCUGACGCCUUACACGAGCAUCUCAAGAGGACAUACCCUAAAUGCACCACGCUACGUGAGAGGAAGCAUAUGGCCGCGAUUGACUUCCUGGAAACUGAACUUCGUCAGAUGCAGUCGAAGAACGUGACUAUUACGGCUACUGAACACUGCGUUGACUACACAGGCAUUGCGAGCCCUCGGGCUUCUAGUGAGGCAUUUGGAGGGCACAGUCGCAAGGGAAGCACAUCAUUAUCACAGUCGCCAGCUAGCUCAGCCCAUCUCUCGACAACAUUGGAGCGUGCCUUACAGGAUCGAUAUUCACGGACCUCGUCUGCACGCCUGCUCCCGAAAGAACCAUCGACUGUGGAGCAUGGGCAACACAUUGUCUUCAGCGCUUUUGAUGGGCGCAUGAUGAAGCCGAAGACGAAACGAAGAAUGACGACGGAAGAGAAGAGCGCCGCGUAUAAGAAAACCAGAAAACGAGGCGCUUGCCCCAAAUGCAAGCGCCAAAAAGGCAAAGUAUGA